AUGCUUGAAGACAAGUUGGUUACGUACCGUGUCUCCAAGGCCAACGAACAAGCUCGGGACACUUAUGUCAGCACAAUGGUGCCCACUGUCACAAUGUCCCCGCGCUGA